AUGGAGCAUGAAGUUUUUCCCGGCAGCUCGAAGUCCGGAGAAGCAUCAUCGAACAACAAGAAGGACGCCAUGGCUGUACCAGGGGGCUUCAAGGAGCAGUUGCAGGGCAAACGAAAACGAGUUUCUCAGGCUUGCGAUAAGUGCCGGAGUCGCAAAGACAAAUGCGACGGAAAACGGCCAUCGUGCUCAACUUGUUUGACCCACGGUCGGACUUGCUCAUACGACGCGAAUGUGAAGAAACGUGGAUUACCGGAAGGAUAUGUCCGUGGGAUAGAGAAAUUAUGGGGCCUAACGAUAAGAGAAGUUGAAGGCGUCGAGGAAGAAAUCCUCUCGGUAUUUAAUGGGGACGAGAAAAACGAGGCACUUAUUAGUAUUUGGAGAAAUGAGGAUGGACAAUCGGACAGUCUGGCCGAAGUAUGGAGGAAAUCUCAAUUGUCGAGAGAGCUUGAGAGAUUACUACCAAUAUUAGAACCAGGGUCUGGUAGUGCUGAUAUCACUAAGAGAAAACGGCUCGAUUCCGAUGUUCAACUAGGGAAGCGACCUGUGCUAGUAGUUGGCCAGUCAGAUUCUCCCAUAUCUGUUCCGGACAAUGAAUCUCAAACAAGGACAUCGAUAAGUGGCUGGCCCGACCAGAAAUCGGAUUUUCAGAUACAAGAGGAAGCUUUGUCACCUAUGGCCGCCGGAAGCUCUAUGGAAAACUUCUCUAACGCACAUUAUGGCUCAAUACUCAGUCCUGCUUAUCCAACAGUCUCAAGUGGUAGCAAGACGAACCUGCCAGAGCUUCCAUCGGAGACUUGGCAUCUACUUGAUGUAUAUUUUUCUUAUACGCAUUGCUGGCUGCCAGUUAUAGAAAAGCACGAUUUGUUAAGAAUCUCAUAUCAAUAUUCUCAAAUUAGGACCAAUGGAGCGGAGACUGUUAGUGGUGACCACGCACUUUUAUGGGCUGCAAUAGCUUAUGCCAAGUUUCAACAUAGAGCAAUAAACAACAUACCUCAUGCUCAAGGGUUGGUAUCACAAGAUGUAUGGACGGCUGAAAGAAUGUAUACGCACGCAAGAGCUCUUAUUCCGAAUGAAGAAGGAAGUUUUGAUCUUGGCCAUGUGCAGGCUCUAUUAAUCUUAACCCUCACGAAUCUUGGGCUUGGGCAUUUCAACAGGGCAUGGAUCCUUAUUGGACAAGCUGUCAGGAUUGCAAUUGAUCUUGGUCUGGAGAAACCAUUGUCUGAGGACCCAAAACCCCCAAAGCAUAGUUCGAGAUCUAAGCAUGUAUUUCUUGGGUGUUUUGCGCUAGAUACCUUGGUUGCAGCACGUUUACGAAGACGACCGCAUUUGAGGUCAGACGAUAUGGACCAUGUUGGUAUGUUGGUUGAAGAUGGACUCGAGGAAUGGGAUCCCUGGACGGACUGUCUCACUGUCCGAAGAAAUGCCGUUGGAAACUCUAGAGUUCCUGCAUCUAUUCUGAGUACCUUCAACCGCUUAGUCCAAGUUCUCCAAAUACUGAAUGAUGCAAGUUGUGCAGCUGAUAGUUCGAAAAGCGUCAAAUUCAGCACCGGCUUGUUGGAAAGGUUACAUGUAUGGAGUCAGUCCCAACCUCAGCCUUUGCAUUCCGAUUCUAUCGCAAUGAACAACGAGCAAACUUCCGCCUUGCUGCCGCAUCAUUAUCAUCUCCAUGUUGCAUAUUUUACAACGCUUGCCGAAUGCCAACUUCUAUCCCAUGGUCAACCAAAGGGAAGCCUUGAUUUAGAACCUUGUACGAGAUCGGCACGUCAAAUUGUCCACCUUCUAAAGCGGCACUCACAUACAUUUGGACUUCUUAUUGUCCCACCCACAUUCGAAUAUUACACUAAGAAAGCAUAUGACGUUGUCCAUGCAGUCCGACGAAGUAUAGAAAACACACAUAUUGUUCUUGACGAUUGGAAAUAUAAUUUAGAUAUGUGCGUUUCUGCGAUGGAACCAGCUUGGCCAGUAUUUGAAUCUUUUAAAGAUGCUUCUGAAAAUGUCCUUUUAAAAAAUCGACGUGAAAGCCAAGCCGCAUUUGAUCUUAUGGUUCCAGCCGCCGCGGAAACAACUCAAUCGAUCAAGACGCCAAAUAGUACAGCCAGUUACGAAAUAAGCCAGCCCUACAGUCCUCAAGUCUUCCGAUCCCAGUCAAUGAAUAGUAUGGGCGUAGCACGGCCUAACAGAAGUAAUCUGCAGUAUGCGAAGAACCUCAUGCCGCCUACAUCACACUCCAACCACUCUUUCAAUGGCUCUGUGGUAGAAAAUUUUCCUAGAAUUCCGGAGAGUCCUCAUGGGAACACCCCUAAUCUAAAUGCCUGGAGUGCUCACCAGCAAAAUAAGAACCAAAAUAGAACCAUUAAUCAAAUGCCCUUUGGAUUGCUGCAACAAUCACCAAACUUUCACCGAGCGACAGCACAAAAUAGUUUGGAUACUGAUGGUGAUGCGAUAUUUAACGAUUUUGCUGUCAUGGAUGCAAUGGAAUGGACGAAUAGUAUGGAUCAAAGUCUAGUAAAUCUCGGAUUUGAGGAUCCGGAUAACCGAAACCAGGACUUCUAUACCUUUUGUCGGGAACCUGAUCCCCUCUAUUCGAACAAUAGUACGUUGCAGCAAUUAUUAGCGAGCUCUGCGGUAAACCAGUCAGGAAUCAGUGCUCAAGUGUUUGGAAACACAGGAAUGAAUAUGCCCGGUGAUGCGGGAUUCGGAAGAGGCAUAGAUUUUGCACAUGGGGAUGAAGGAAUUGAGGCUGGACAGAUACUACAAUCAUUAAGUGCCGCCGAGGAGCAAAGAAGGAAUUCUGGUGGGAAUGGCUGA